AGCAAUUGAUUUUUCCUACACGCAAGGCUUAAAACUUAACAAAAAUGUGCGGUCUUGAUGCCAAAAAGAUAGCCCAAGCUGAGGCUUUGCUGGAACAGGCUAAAAGUGCCGAAGAGGAUGUGGAUGAGUAUGCCAAAGCCGGUAUGUAUUAUAAGGCUGCAACUGCAUACCGACUGGCCAAAAAUCCGGAUGAGAGCAAGGAUUGUUUUUUGAAGGCCAUCGAGUGUUACGAGAAUAACAAGUCGUGGUUCCAUGCUGCCAAAUCGUACGAGCAGAUAAUUCUUUUGGCCAAAGAAAGUGAUCGUCUCUCCGAAAUUGAGGAAUAUGCCAAUAGGGCCUGUAACCUGUAUCAACAGCAUGGCUCUCGGGAAGCAGCAGCUGCCGCAAUGGAUAAAGCCGCCAAGAUGACGCAAUCCCAAUAUCCUGAGUUGGCCUUGGGUUUUUAUAAACGUGCCUUGGCAGUCGUUCUAAUUGGGGAUUCAACCCACCAAGCAGCUGAAUUUGCUUCGAAAGUCUCGAGAAUAUUGGUUAAAUUAAAGAAAUACGAAGAAGCCAGCAAAGCCCUCAAAAAGGAAAUAAGUUUAAAUUUGCAAACCAAAUCUUACGCACAAGUUGGACGAUUAGUUGUGGCUUUGGUACUAGUGCUAUUGGCACAGGAUGACCCCGUGGAUGCCAAAAAGUCCUUCAAGAAAUGGGGAAAUCGCUGUGAUCCCCAGGAGGUGGAAACAUUGGAGACACUUCUACAAGCUCUAGAUGAUGAGGACGCAGAACUUGCUGCCAAGAUGCUGGCAUCCCCAUUUAUUACACAUAUGGAUUUGGAAUACGCACUUUUGGCCAAGAACUUGCCAUUGCCAAAAGGUAUUAUCUUCAAAAAGAAAUACGAACAGGAUGAAGAAAACUAAGAAAUCAUUUGCCAAUUAAAUACGUUUUUUAUAAGUAGUGAAUCAUAUUUAUUGUUGAUCCUCAACUAACUAAAAAGCUUUAAGAAUGUACACUGUUAAAUAUAUACAGAAAUAUAAGGUGUAGGUGAUAUAAGGCAUCAGGGAAA